AGCGAAUAUUUGGUACGCUACGGCCGCAACGUUGGCAGCGUGGUAUCACGGUACAAGAUUUAUUUUGUUUUUUAAUAACUCUUAUUGUGUCAUGGCGGUUGCAACGGGCGCGUAGUUUUGCUUCUUUUGGAAACAAGACGAAAUACACUUAACACUUCGCCGCCGUGUACUGGAAGAGUUCGCAAUUGAGAGAGGGACGCCACGCGUCUCGUGCGCGUAGGAAACUUAGAAGCGUCGCAGGCUUUGGAGGUGACCCGCAUAUCUCAGUUGACGGUUGGCGCGGUACAGCGCACUUGCUGGAGAAGAGAACGACGUACCUGGUUUGUGACGGCAUCCGCAAGUUCGCAUAUUCAUCACCGCACACCCACGCUGUGUGGGUCGCACAAGACAAAUAAAGACAUGGUUUAGGUGCGUGUGCGCUAAUUAUCUAAUAGCUGCGGUAAUCGCAAGCAGCAGCGUCGCCUGGCAACAAGUACCUGUACACUGAUGCAAACCAGAAACUCCCGCCGCUUCAAAGGGCUAAAUAUGAAUCAGUCUGACGAUGUUUUGAUCAGUGCUGCAGAAUUUAUCAAAGAUCGACUAUAUUUUGUUACAACAAAGUCACCUGAUCAACCAAAGGCAACCACAAGCACUCACUAUUUUUCCAUAGAGAACAAACUCAACUAUGAGAGUUUCUUCUCUGACUUUGGCCCUCUCAACAUUUGUAUGCUGCAUCAGUACUGUAGCAAACUAAAUAAAAAGCUCAAUUCUCUGAAGAAUAAAAAGAUUGUGCACACCACCAAUGAUGAUCCAAGGAACAGGCUAAAUGCAGCAUGUUUAAUUGGUUGUUAUGCUAUAAUUUAUUUGGAUUUUACACCUCAGCAAGCUUUUGACACACUUUGUGCUAAUAAUAAGGAUGCCUUUAUUGAGUUUCGCGAUGCGUCUGUCGGCGAACCAUACACAAUAUCUCUACUGGACUGUUUGCAUGGUCUGCACAAGGCCAAGAAUUUUGGCUUCUUCAAUUUUAACAAUUUCAACCAUUUGCAGUACGAAUUUUAUGAGCGCGUGGAAAAUGGCGACUUGAAUUGGAUCGUUCCCGGAAAGUUUCUCGGUUUUUGUGGGCCCCACAACAAGAGCAAGGUUCUACACGGCUAUCCGCUGCACGCACCCGAAUUCUACUUCGGGUAUUUCAAGCGAUACAACGUGUCGACCAUUGUCCGGCUGAACAAAAAGAUGUAUGAUGCGAAUAAGUUUGUUGGUGCUGGCUUUGAGCACUAUGACUUGUUCUUUGUGGACGGCAGCACGCCUACGGACAAGAUCCUCAACGAAUUUAUGAAUCUGUCGGAGAAGGCGUCUGGCGCCGUCGCUGUUCACUGCAAGGCUGGCCUGGGGCGAACCGGUACGUUGAUCGGUUGCUACUUGAUGAAGCACUACAAGUUCAGGGCGCGCGAGGCGAUAGGAUGGAUCCGCAUGUGCCGACCUGGGUCUGUUAUCGGGCACCAGCAGGUCUGGCUGGAGAGCAAACAGGAACAGAUGUGGAAGGAAGGUGAGCUGCAUCGGUCGCGCAAGGGCUUGCUAGGCCCGCCCGUUCACCUCAAGGGCAUCUAUGCCGACAUGAACAAUCUCGGCAUUGACGACGAGGUGAUACUCAAAGUGGACACAAUGAAGCUGCACGACAACCGGGAGGAGCGCGCCGCAGACAGGGAGGCGUUGAUGACGCAAGGCGACCAGCUCAACCACAUCAAGGCGAUGCGGCGGCAGCAGCGCGGCGCGCUCGCCGUUCGGCCGUUAGUACCUGCCAACGGCGCACAUCAAGCGCACCCCGCGCACCUCCAUCACUCACCACCUGUUUAUGCUUCUUGCAGCAGCUUCGAGCGGAAGGUGUUUCGCACCCGGGUGCUGGUCUCUCCGGUGGGCGGGCCGCCGGCGCUGCGCGGCGGUAAGAUAUCAUCCGUCACCAUGAACGUUAAAUCACCCAGCCCCUCAUCUACAUCUCGUGUGUUGUUAAGCAAAAGGAAUGAAGACGCCUUGACACCGCGGCGCAUCAGUCAGCGCAAGGUGGCGUCGAGGAGCUGUUCACCGGCCAAGUCCAACGAGAACGGCUGGAUCGUGGAAAGCGAGUGCGAGUGCGAGAAGAGAGACGCGCCGAAACUGAUCAAGCGCGGCAAGCGCGCGCUCAUCGCCGAGAAGGAGAAGGCAACGGCGGUGAAACUACUGCGGCGCAGCAGCUCCACCGGCGGCGACAAGCCAUUUCGCCCACGAUUGAGCCUGCCAGCGGCGAAGAACAAGGCGCUUUGAGCUGCUUAACCCUCCACGAUAUAGCGUGAGCUAUGUUGUCGCAUUCUAAUUAGAUUUCUAUGUCUGCAGUUAGAAUAGGGAAGUUUUUAAAUCAUAGCAGGGUUAGCUAGCAAGUUAACGACGAAUGGCAAUCAAUGCUAGGGCAAUGCAUGAUGUAAUAGUUGCAAUAGGUAGUUUGUUUUUACAGAGCACACAUUCUGCGUUGUUGCCUAAUGAUUCUGCAGCUACCUUUGUACAUUCGACUCAUUCUUUCUCGGAGUGCAUUUAAAACGCACGCUUAAUUUGCAUGUUUAUGUAAAAACUAAUAGUUUUGCCGAUUCGAUUAAUUUAAAUUGAGUAUUUUCUACUAAAUAUGAGACCAUUCAAUUAAUUUAUACUAGUGUUUAUGAAACUGAACGAAUUUCCUUUUCGUUAUACGCGUAAAUUUGAUAUGCGUGAAUUUAAUAUACGUGCAUAUCACCCGAUUUUACAAGACUUUCUUUGAAUUAAUUAUUCAAUUUCGAUGUAAGACAAGUGUUAUUAUUGUGAAUAUUAUUAUAAAAUGAAAGAAUUUUUAUGGUACAAAUUAUAAUACAUAUAUUAUUAA